GAUUUAAAAGAAAUAUUUUUUUUCUGAAUUAAAAUAAGUUAGUAAAUUUAAUAUAAUUUUAUGUUUACAGGAUGUCUAAUUGGGCGAAAAAAUUCGGACUCGGAAAAGGGAAAGGACCCCUGAUUCGUCCACCUGCAGAUCCGGUGGUGGAGACUACUGCGGAACGGGAGGGAAGGACACAUAAUAGAAAUGUGACUAGUUCUAAACGUCGUGGGGAAUGCACUGGUGCUUUUGUACCCCCACGUACGAUGAUUCAGGAGGAGACAGAGACAGAGGCCGAGCAGGAGAUGGAUGCACCCAUGGAUGCAUAUAUGCAGCCGCAGGAGUACGAGUACGAUCCACAACUACGCUUUCAGCAGAAGUAUCAGUUUCCGGUGCCGGAUUUUCCAUCCGAUGACGAUUACGAGGAUGUUCCGACUCCGACUCCGCCUCCUGUCCCGAUGGGUGGUACUUUCGGUGGUUCUAAUCCUGCCUCGAGGUCCCGCACCGCUCCGAGAAAAAAACUUCCUUCUCGACCUUGGAUGUUGACCGGUGAGACACCCGGUGGACCUAAAUACGCUCACUUGAUUCCAAGUUUUGGAGCACAUAUUGCCUACGACAUUUGGGAGGGAAAGGUAAUACUUAUUAAUAUCCCACAUUUCACGUCGACUCCGCAACGCCUCUGGUAGAUAUGCAACACUAUUGUUGCUAUACCUCGCCCACUGUCUAUCAAACGGAGGAAGCGGACAAUUGUCAUUCAUCUUCACAUACACAAAGUGGCUUCCUGAUUCAAGAAAUAGUAUAGUCAUCUCGUAAGAUAACUG